AUGGCUCCAGUGAGGAUCUAUGCUUUGAUAACCAAAUCGGGAGAACUCAGCGAUGAAGAAUUUCAUCGAUACUGGUCGCAGGAACACCCUAAAGUGUGGCUUAACAUCGAGGCUGUGAAGCUUCAUAUCACCUUCUACUCACAAUUCCACGUCGACAAGCAGGCUCAAACUGGUCUGAGUCCUUUAGGUGUGCCUCUGGGCCAAUUUGAUGGCGUGGCCAUCAUGGAAGCGGACAGCCUUGAGACAUUCUUGGAAGUUUACCAAGGUAAAGACUUUCUAAAAGUGGUUCUGCCCGACGAGCAGAAAUUCAUCGACCAUGACAAGUCCUUCGUUAUGUUUGGCCAUCAGGAGGACAAAAAAGUUGGAGGGGAAGUGCUGGUCAAUAUCUAG